UGUUUGCGCCAAUUUUCAUUUCAAGGAACUGAAGUAGUCACAAUGAACGAUUCAGUGGAUAUAAGAAAUGGAAGCUUUCUCUACCAAUUCAGCACCGAAUACGCGAAAUACCACGGUUACCUCAGCCUAGUCGUGUGUUUCUUUGGAAUAGUAACCAACAUUAUCAAUAUAACGGUUCUGACCAGAAAGCACAUGCGCACUCCAGUCAAUUUGAUCCUCACCUCAUUAGCAGUCGCAGAUAUACUAACUAUGGCCAGCUAUCUACCCUUUUCUUGGCAUUUUUACUGCAAGUACCCGAAUCCAAAUCCUCACCGCAACACAUUCGGGUGGAUGCAAUUUCUAAUAUUUCACAUCAAUUUCACAACCACAACGCACACGGUUUCCGUCUGGUUGGGAGUUCUGCUCGCAAUAUUCCGCUACCGUCACAUACAGUCUCCAGCAAAAGGAAAUCUAACACGCAUGCGCAGGAUUAUUCGUGCUCGCAUUAGCGUCUGCCUGACUUACGUAUCGGCGGCUCUUCUUCUCGUACCGAACUACAUAUCAUACGAUUUGAUUUUAAAAGACGAAUCCUAUUAUGUUUUGAAAAGCAUUAAAGCUAACAAGGACCGGUCGUUUCUAGUUAACCUGUGGUUGUACAGCAUCUUGGCCAAGCUUUUACCGUGUAUUCUCAUGAUCGUUUACGGCGGACUUUUGUUACGAACUCUAAAGGCAAAGCUAAAAAACAAGCGCCGCUUGUCCAGCCUGGCUCCGGCCAACAGUCAGCCACGUAUACUGGACCAUUCUCGCACCACACGGAUGCUGCUUGUUGUUGUGAUUCUGUUCAUUGUCACGGAACUGCCUCAGGCUAUCCUGCUCAUACUCAGCGCCACUCUAGAAAAAUUCUUCGGCGAUUACUAUACUCCGCUUGGAGAUUUAAUGGACAUUGUGGCUUUAAUAAAUAACGCUAUAAACUUUGUACUCUACUGUUCAAUGAGCCAAGAGUACCGAAGGACGCUCAUGCAAAUAUACUGCUCGGUUCUGUCAACGCAACGUUCCAUUGUCACGCUUGAUAUGGCACCAGAACUCAUCACAAACACUCGCAUUAACCUAAGAUGACUACCGAGCAGAAUAUAAAAAAAAAAAUACAUCCAUGCAAAAAAACUAACAAACAAAACGAACUGAUAUAUAAAAAGAACAAGACAAAAAAAAAUGACAAUAAAUAAAAUUCAUUUUCCUUCACCA